UCAAAGCCUUAUACCUACAAUUAUUAGGUUUACCCAAGCCAAACAACACUUGUUUUUAAGAAUUGUAGAUCAGAGCUCCACUAUCACAUCGCGAUGGACCUGGAUUCCUGCCAAAAUUUCUCAUUAGACUCCACGAGUAGCUCGCACUUUGUUCCUCCGCCAGUUUGCGUUCCCAGAAGGAAGAAGCCGGAGAAGCCUCCAGUUGAGGAGGCAUCUCCCGAAUGCUCCAACGUGAUCACAUCGACAUCCUCGUCCUCGACAACCACCAUAUCCAUAGGCGCCUUUGAUUCGCAAUGCAACCUCCACAAUGCCCGCAAUCCCGAGGCCCCGAAUAUUGGCUAUGAGUUGAAUGUGGCCAAGUCCAUAUUGCAGAAGUACAGCACUCUCAGUGGGGACAACCUGUUCGAUCAUCUUAGUGAUAUCAUAAAGAGGGUGAUUGACGAACGUCCUCCCAAUGUGAUAGACUUCUUCGAGGAGUUCAGCCGAAAUGUUCGCGAACAGAAGUUUCACUUGCCAGAACGCUUUCCGCCCAGUGGGGUGUUCGAUGAGGUGCGCAGCUUCCGGGUGGCCAAGAAAAUUCUCCAAUCCAUGAAGCUGCCGUACAUCGUCGAAGGCGAGGAUCUGAUGGGCGAAGACUUGUCCGUUGAGGAUUUGAGGACGAACGAGGAACUGCGCAUCGUCAUCGACGAUUCCAUGCGCUACUUCGUCACUUUCAACGAACGAGUCCAGCAACUGCAGUUCUACUGGACACAGUGCGGUUUUAGCAUCAGCAACGACGACAUCUUCCAGCUGGCCAGCGCCAUGAACCGGCUCCAGACCCAUCCCUCGAUCAUGCAGUGCAGAUUCUGGGGCUGCAUCAACGGGCUGAAGGCCUCCUACUACAUAGUGGAGGCUUCGCUGACGCGCGAGGAAAUCGCCUCUCGCUUGGUCAUGAUGGAGGAUGAGAUCCGCCAGAAACAGAUUCCCUUCCAGAUGCGCAAUGACAGGGAGGAUAAGCCCCCGCCGCCACAUAUUGGACCGGAGCUCACGCCGGGCAUCUAUGGCUGGGAGGAUUUUCCGCCCGAGGAGCUGGAGAAGAUGAGGCCCAAGGCUGCGCCCGUUCCCUUGGUGGAGGAAAUGGAGUUCUACGACAUUCCACCGGAGUUCAUUGGCAAGGGGUGCAAUAGGUACACCUAUUUCGUUGUGAAUUCGCUCUUUGACGACUGGAUCGAGCUCCCCAUAGUGACUCCUCGACAGAUUGUCGUGUCACGGCAGAUCAAGAAGUUUCUAACAGGCGAUCUGGAGGCGGAUGUCAUUUCCUACCCCUGCUUUCCUGGAAAGGAGAAACAUUACCUGCGGGCCCUGAUAGGUCGCAUCACCGCGGGUACCUACAUUGCUCCUAUGGGCUACUACAGGCGGAUGACCAAGAAGGAGAAGCGGAUGUUCGAUGGCGAGGAAGAGGACGAGGGUGAGGAGGAAGAGGAGGAAGAAGAGGAGGAGGAGUUCAACGAAGGCGAGGAGGAGCAAAUAGAAGAUAACGAUGUAAUGCUCCUGAAAAACGAGAAGUACGAGGUAGAACCCCUGGGAUCUCUGGUCACUCCAGUGGCCUGGGUGCAUGUCAGGUCGAAUAUUCUCAACCAACAAGGCCGCGUUGUCUGGUACGACGAGGAGAAGGCCCGCAAGGAGCGGGAAAAGGCAUUGGCCCUGUACCUGAAAAUGCAGAUGAUGGGCGAGAUGGAAGAGGAGGUGGAGGAGGAGGAGGAAGAGGAGGAAGGCGAGGAGGAGGGCGAGGAAGAGGGCAUGAUCGAGGGCUUCAAUCAACCCGAGUUAGGUCCCAGCAUCCUCUCCUCCUGCGCUAAUGACAUGAACCCCGAGAUUCCCGUUGCCUGGCUCGCCCGCAUGACCAGCAAGUAUACGAAUCAGAAGGAGCGAAUGCUCGUGAUGCAGUCGAACAUCUGGCCGGGCGCCUACACAUUCAUCUUUGAGAAGACUUGCGAAUCCAUAUACUUGGGCUGGGGCCACAAGUACUACGCCCGCAACAUUCCAUUCAAGCACUUGCCGAUAGUGCAGGAGGAGUUCCCCCACAACCCAGAGGACUUCAUCGAGGCCAAUGAUCCGACUGUCGAGGAUGAGGAAGCGUACAAGGCUUGGCUCCUCAGGAAGCAGCAGAAGGCCGAGUAUGUGGCUGAAGAUAUCGAAGAUUACGAUGAUGACGAGUUCGCCGAUCAGUAUGACGAUGACUGAAUUGAAUUAAAUUGAUUGUUUUUUGUUCCCUUUGAAGUUCUGCAAUAAAAUGUAUUAGCU